AUGUCGCCCUUUAAAGUUGGAGCUUUAGUGUUGUUCUUGUGUAUAAUGUUGAUGGGGUCUUCGGCCCAACUCAGCCCUACCUUCUACGACCAAUCUUGCCCUAAUCUAACUGCCAUAGUCAGAGAUACAAUAAGCCAGGCAUUGCAGAGUGAUGUUCGAGCCGGAGCCAAGCUCAUUCGCUUUCACUUCCACGAUUGCUUCGUCAAUGGUUGUGAUGGGUCAGUUCUACUAGAGAAUCAAGAUGGAGUAGAAAGCGAGUUGGAUGCUCCAGGGAACCAAGGAAUACAAGGCUUCGACAUUGUGGACAACAUAAAAGCUGCUAUCGAAGCUGCGUGCCCAAACACCGUGUCUUGUGCUGACAUCUUAGCCAUUUCAGCUCGUGAAUCUGUCAUCUUGACAGGAGGGCCAAGUUGGGUAGUCCAAUUGGGAAGAAGAGAUAGUACAAAUGCAAACAGAACGGGAGCAGAAAACAAUCUCCCAAGCCCGUUUGAAACACUUGAUCAACUUCGGGCAAAAUUUAAUGCAGUUGGCCUCGAUUCUACCGAUCUCGUGGCUUUAUCCGGAGCACAUACUUUCGGAAGGUCAAGAUGCGUAUUCUUCAGCGAGCGGCUAAGCAAUUUCAGCGGUACCGGAAGUCCAGACCCCACUCUUGACCCUACAUUGCGGGAUGCGCUUGUCAUCGCUUGUCCGACCGGAGACGGAAACAACCGCAUUGCACUUGACGUGGCGACGCCGGAGGACUUUGACAAUGCAUAUUACACCAAUUUGGUAAACAACCGUGGGCUUCUCCAAUCGGAUCAAGAGCUGUUCUCAACGGAAGGGGCGGAGACCAUAGCCACCGUGAACCGUUUUGCGGCGAACCAAUCUGAUUUUUUUGGUCAGUUCGGUCAGUCUAUGAUAAACAUGGGGAACCUUCAACCAUUACUUGCACCCAAUGGAGAAAUCAGGUCCAAUUGUAGGCGCGUUAAUCCUUCCAAUAUUACUACUGCUGCUAUUGCUUUUAUGUAACUAAUCUAUUUUUAUUUUCUCCUUUCUCUGUCUUUUCUUUCUCUUUUUC